AGCUACCUUACCCCUCCCAUUUGAAGGUCAUACCUAAGGUAAUCGGGACACGACGCCUGGUCUUAGCAUAAACACUGACUUUUCGCUCCUAUCCGUACGGAGUCAUUAUUUCCUCUUUAUCAUGGGUAUAGCGAUCUACGGCAAGAGUUUCUCUAGACCAAGCGAUAGUCAACCUCACUCAACCGACUGUCGAGCCGUUGGAUCGAAAUGAGCGUCAUGUCCACGACUUUCCAAACCACCUGCGGCCCCAACUAGUCCAGUUCAACAGAAUUCAUUCUCACCUCUCGACGAUAGGAAGACGACACCUCUGUCACCACUUCCAUUUAACGUUCAUUGCAAUGACCAAUCCGUCGUCACCGCGGCGGCGCCAUAUCCUCUCAUCGAUCAAUCCCGACAGAGGCAACGAUCCUGGUGCAGAUGCAGCAGCUAAAAGCCACCGACGCCACCAUACGAAGGAGAAGGAGCACAGUCGCGCUAAAAGUCCUGUUUGGCGUCGAAAACCAGAGGACAAACACGAGCGAGAGGAAGGGGGAGAGGGAUCAUCAAGGCGAAGAGAAACAAAGGAAAGUAAGAAACGGGACUACGGCGACAGCGAUGCCAACGCGGCAGAGGAAUCCCGGUCGCGCUCUAAUAAGCGCUUCCGUUUUAAGUUCAAAAAGGGCACAGAAGAAGAAUCAUCCUCUUCACACAAGAAAGACCACGGCGACUCCCAUCAACAUCGCCACCGUCACCGGCACCGCCACCGGCGGCAUCAUCGGUCGGAGUCACCGACAGCCGCCGAUCUUCAUGACCGGCCGCUCUCCCCCAACACGGCGUUUCGGGAGUCUCUCUUCGACGCCAUGGCCGACGAUGAAGGGGCCGCCUACUGGGAGGCUGUGUACGGGCAGCCAGUACACAUAUACGGCAAUGCAGGCGCCGGCGGGGAACCCAAGGGGAAGUUAGAGAGUAUGGACGAAGAAGAGUACGCGGCGUACGUCCGGCGCAAAAUGUGGGAGAAAACGUACGCAGGGCUUCUCGAAGAGGGGGCCAGACGGCAAGCGGCGAGAAAGCAACGCGAGGAGGAAGAGAAACGGCAGGAGCGCGAGGAGCGGCGGCGCGACAAGGUACGGCGGGAGGUUGAAGAGACCUUGCGCCGCGGCGAGGAGAGGAAGACGAGGAAGAAACACACGACCCGGUGGCGGGCAUAUCUCGAUGCUUGGAGGCGAUGGGAGAGCAAAGAUGCCAAACGGAACGUCGCCGACCUCCCGUGGCCCGUGGAAAGCGGCCGCCGAGAAGAUGUUAGACAGGUCGAAGGUGAAGUGCGUAGGUUCUUCCUGCGCGGACUGGAGGCAGCGGAUAUAGCGCAAGGCGAGUUUGCUGCACGGCUCAAAGACGAACGGGUGCGGUGGCACCCAGACAAGGUUCAACAGCGGACGGCUGGGGGCCAGGUCGAGCCAGCUGUGAUGCAGGACGUCACCGCUGUGUUCCAGAUUGUAGAUGCCCUCUGGUCCGAGACGAGGAAGAAAGGCCGGUAAUACAUUGACGAUAUACACGGUGCAGGCAGGGUUAACAUGACUUGGCAUUGGGAUAUGGCGGAGUGUUUCCAAGGCGGAGUGAUGGGAGCGGAUACGGGAUGUCUCUGCUUCUACUUGAAUAUGUACCGUUAGGAACUGUCAUUGCACGACUAGGUCAAAAGUAUGGAUAGAGGGAGGCGUUAAAUGGAGAAUACAAUCAAGUGGGUGUCAUUG